AUGAGAGGUUCGGUGUCUGCGGUAAGACAGGUGACGUGCUUCACUUGUGGAGCUCUAGGACACUACGCCACCUCCUGCCCAACUACUCACCCUGUCUUAAGGAUCCCUACUGCUCGCCCGUCAUCGACUCGUCCGGCAACUGGUCAGUACUCAGAACAACAACCCGUAGAGGAGAAGUUGUGCUCUAGGUGUAGACUCCCUAGAUCUCCCUCGCCCUAA